AUGAUCCAUGUCCUCAGUGUAAAUCUUCACCUCCAGGAACAAUGAGGUUAACAUUACGCCCGGAGUUUGGACUGUGGCUGAGGCAGAUGCUCACACCAGCCACAGGAUGGCGCCUCGUUCUUCAAAUUGUUGUUGCUUCGUUUGCCUUCCUUCUCAUCUUGUCUCUGAGCACCACAGCAUCCCUGCGCUUCUCACCUUUCUUAUAUUUGAAAGGGGAUGUCUGUCAAGUCUGGAAAAAUGCUCAAUAUACCACACAAGGAGAGUUUACAUGGUGGCAGCGAGCUUGCAUCUUGGAACGGGACUGGCAAAGGAUGGAGUAUAUCUGCAAAGACACAAGGCUGAUGGGGAACUACCCUGUCUGUUUUGACGAACCUUUUUCCCCUAUUAUGAAGGACAAGCCAUGUAUCGUGUACUCCUUUGGAAUUGCCAAUGAUUUUCGCUUUGAUGAUGCACUUGCUAGAGUCAACUGUACUGUCUACUCAUUUGAUCCAAGCAUGGGUGUCUCCGACCACCUGCGGGGUGACAGAGUCCACUUUAUGAAUCUCGGCAUCGGAGCGGAAGACAAUGACAAAUUUGUCCCCAGGGUGGACGGCUAUGCCAGCAGCACGGCCCGCUGGAAGAUCAAGAAACUGAGCUCCAUCAUGAAGAUGCUGGGGCAUUCUGUGAAGUCCCUGAGUCUCCUGAAGAUGGACGUUGAGAACAACGAGUGGGCGAUCCUUGACAACAUGCUCUCCGAGGGCUUGUUGGAGGGGCUCCCUCAGAUUCUGGUGGAGUGGCACAUCUUCUCCGACAGCCCGGCUCAUAGCAGGUUCGAGAAGAUGUACUCUGAUUACAACAAGUUUAAGACGAUUGGCUUCCGCAAGUUCUGGAUGCGUAAUGAAGGUCGGAACCACUGGCUUCCCAAGAUGACUACUCAGGCAGAAACUGCGUGGGUGAACACCAACUACAAAAUACUCUAAAAUAAAAUGUGAUGGCAUUGUGGGUUAUACAAGUUUUUGGAUUGUAGUCUCC